AUGCACUGGUUGGCAGCAUUAGACAGCGCCGCAGAGCGGUUUGAUGGCGGUCGUCGGAGCUUUCCUCUGGCCAGCGAAGCUGACUUCGUUCGCAACUACGCGUACGAGCCGCCGAAUGAGGACUACGAGAAGCUCUUCUUCUGCCGAGCGACCAUCUCACGCUCGCAGCGUGAUCCAGGUGCUCGUCCGCACAGCGCAGGAUGGCUGAUCCCCACCUGUGACGAUGCCAGCGUCUGCAAGCCCGUCUUCAUUGCCCACUCCGUCUUGUCAGCGAUCUGGCUUCUGCGCGAGACGCUCGCCGACGACGUCCUGCCUGACAAUAUCUGGGAUCGUCUGGUCUGCGCGGCCGAGUCGCUUGCGGAGGACGGGAUGGAAGAGCCGCCGUCUGCGCAGAAGCCCUUUGCUUCCCCUUCACAACAGGCCUCCGCUCCACCCCGCAACAAAAGAAGCGGCCACACCUAUCUGCGCCGGCCCCUACACCAAAGCGCGCUCGAACAACCACCGAUGAGACACAUCCAGCCAGCCCUCAGCUAUGAGCAGCUGAAAGACUCCCCUCUGCACAUCACUACCAUCUCCAACAACAACCGCCGUGCGGAGCAAAAACGCAGCAGGACACUCGCCACUUCGCGUGCGAAGAAGCGGCUUGCCCUUGGUCUGGUAGCACCUGGCGACAAGGCUCCUCUUCCAGAGCAGGCUGCCUACACCUCUAUUGUGCAAAAGGACAAGUCCGUUGUCGCCUGGAUCAUCAAGCAGCCGGUCUCCGAUGACACGGACUUCUACAGCUCCACCCAAACUCCCUACCUCACGGCCUGCACCCUUCUAGAGAAAGCGCGCGUGCUUGGAAACCAGUCCUCUCGGUACCACGCUGCCCAGUUCCUGCAGGCUUGGCGAGAACGUGGCUCACCCUUCAGAGGUGGCGGCGAGCUCGCUGGCAGCCAGAGCAGGACCGGUGCGGGAGCUAAGCGCUUGCAGCUGCUGAGUGUGCGCAACGAUGCUGACAGGGAUUUCUGCUUUGCCUGGAACAUCAACGACAGGACGCGAAAUCGAUACGGAAAGGGACAGAUCCGCACAGAGGCAGUUGCAGCGCUAGUAGAGUUAGUUAGUCCCAACGCCACUAAGAAGGACAAGCAGGUGUUUAGACGACGGUUAGGCCAAGCCAUGCGCUGGUACUCCAUUAGUCAGGAGCUAGGCUGGGGCAUUCUGACCCUGAUACCACACGACGAGAUUGCGAAUCGCUGGAUAGAACGCACCCUCCGUGUAGGCCAGCUGCAUGUCUGGAUUGAGCUACUUAAGAAGGAGUGUCCAGACAUUUGUGCAGCUAGCAAGGCACUUAAGAACUGGUUAGGGCCAGAGGGAAUUGCUGGCGGGCCCAUCAACGAGAAGAAAACGCUGAGCAUUGAGGCGGAGGCGCCAGCAACCAUCUACGAGGUGGAAGAGAUUCAAGACAGCAAAGACGACGAAACUGACAACAGCGUUGACGACAGCACCAGAGAGCAAAGUCAUGCUUCGCCGAAGAGUCCUACGCCAGCUCCGCGGUUGCGUCAGCUAACUUUGCUUGAAUUGUUCCAUCCUGUAGAGUAG